UUGUUUAUUACUGCAUACAACUAGAUGUGCUGUGAUUAUUUUCCUUUUUUUAUGUGUACUCUAUUUUAAACUUCCCAAAUACACUAUUUAGGGUCCCUAAGUAGUGCACACUAAGUGUAAAAUUAUGCAUUUGGGAUUCAGCCGAAUAUUUUCCUCAAAGGCGAUAAACAGGAAGUUAUUUCAGUAACCAAGCAGCUUUGUUUUGAAGUGAUGCGUUUCCUUUACAGGAAGACCUCGGCAAUGUGAUCAGCAGCAGGAGAUCUUGAGUCUGGUCGUGCAGAGAUGACUGAUGAGAUGGACUCAGCCCUGGCUGGAGCAGGAACGGUUGGGAGGUGUGUCAAGCAUAGGUACCGCAGCAACAAACACUCACAAGGGCUGAUGGAUGGGCUCCUGGCUCUGCGUGAAGGAGGAAUACUGUUUGAUGUGGUGCUGAUUGUGGAAGGGAAACCUGUUAACGCUCACCGCAUCCUCCUGGCUGCUUCCUGUGACUACUUCAGAAGCAUGUUUGCGGGAGGUUUGCGGGAGAUGCAGCAGACUGAGAUCCCCAUUCUUGGAGUCACACACACUGCCAUGAACAAACUGCUAGACUUCAUCUACACAUCUGAGCUGGAGCUGGAUCUGGACACGGUGCAGGAGGUGCUGUGUGCUGCCACACUCCUGCAGGUUCAGGAUGUGAUUGGCUUCUGCUGUGAGUUUCUCUUCUCCUGGAUGGACAACGAUAACAUCCUGGAGGUGGAGAAGCUGGCUGAUGCCUACGGGCUGGAGCAGCUCGGCGAAAAGGUGCGUUCGUACCUCCUGAAGAACAUCCAGACCUUCUCACGCACGCCUGUAUACCGCCAACUGCCACCUGAGAAGGUGCUGCAGGUGCUGUCAAGUGAUGAGCUGGAGGUGAGCUCGGAGAGCGAGGUAUUCGAGGCAGCGCUGCACUAUUACUACAGUCCUGAGCAGGUGGAGAAAGACCAAGCACCACUGCAGGAGACUCUGCACAUGAUGGAAGCUGUGCGUUUCUGUCUCAUGGAGCAGGCCACCCUAGAGCACCUUUACGGCCGUCUGGAGUCAAGCUACUUGCGAAACAUUAUCUCCUUUGCCCUGCGCUACCACAAUAACAAACUUUGGCAGCCAGUCAUGCAGAGCCCACUGAGCCAGCCACGCUCCAACUGCCACUGCAUUCUGGGGUUUGGAGGUAUGUUCUCGUCUGGGCCGCUAGCCGACAUUGACGAACGCUUCCAGGUUUUUCGCCCAUCCUGGGACGAGUGGUGCAACCUUGGGGCAGACGGUGCACCUCGAAUGUCCAACAUGGGCAUCGCACUGCUGAAUAACUUUGUUUACCUGGUGGGCGGAGACAAUAACACGAGCGGGUUCAGAGCUGAGUCACGGUGCUGGAGAUACGAUCCUCGACACAACACCUGGUGUGAUAUUGAGCCUCUUCAGCAGCAGCACGCUGACCAUUGUGUGUGUGUGGUGGAUGACUGCAUCUAUGCCAUUGGAGGUCGUGACUACAGCAGUGAAUUGGACUGCGUGGAGCGCUAUAAUCCCCAAACAAACAUCUGGGAAUAUGUGGCUCCACUCAAACGCGAGGUGUACGCCCAUGCUGGCGCAGUGGUUGAUGGGAAGAUCUACAUCGCAUGUGGCCGGCGAGGGAUGGCCUACCUGAAGGAGACCUACUGUUACGACCCUCGUGCCAACCAGUGGAGCGCAUGUGCUGAGGGCCCUGUGGAGCGAGCGUGGCACGGGAUGGCGGUGUUCGGAGGCCGUGCUUACGUCAUCGGUGGAAGCAAUGACGGCUGCGGCUACAGACGAGACGUGCUGAAGGUGGCGUGCUAUAACCCAGCUGAAGAUUCCUGGUCUGUGGUGUCUCCUCUGCCGGCGGGUCACGGCGAGCCUGGCAUGGCCGUGUUAGACGGGCGGAUCUACGUUCUGGGCGGGAGGUCACAUGACAAAGGAAGCCGCAUGAAGUAUGUGCAUAUCUACGAUCCUGAGAAUGAUUGCUGGGAGAGCGGCGUCUCUCUGGACACCCGAGUGUCGGGCCUGUCUGCCUGCGUGGCUCUGAUGCCUAGAAACACACUUGCGCAGGCUCGCGGCAGCACACGCCGAGCCAAAGCAUCAUGGGAGGAAGUGGACUGGGGCGAUCCGGACCACUCGAGCGAGGACGGCUGAGGCAGGUUUUCGAGUCAGUAAUCACACGGCGUCAGUAACUGAAUGUGUCUCGGUGGGAUGUAGCCUCCUUUAACAAAGCCGUGCUCUGAGUACACAGCGGUGUGUACUUUAAGUGCGCCUAAUGCGGCAAAUGUAAUACAUCAUAUCACAAUACUUACAGACAACAGUACACCAUAUUUAGGUUUGCUAACCACAUUUCAGUGGAUACGAUUUCAUGUAAAAUGAUUUUUUACACAAACAAUAAUGUCACAAACGUCCGAUUUUAACUAGCAACGAAUAAAGAAGGUGAAGUGCGUGACGAUGUCUUAUGCUACCGAUAUUAAGUCAUCCUGUACCUCAGUGCUGGGAAUUUUUUAUUCUUAUUAUUCAGAAGGUGUUUUGAGCGUAACUCUGAGCGGGUUUAUAUUCAUGCGCUUGUUACAUUAAGGACGUUAUCUGUUGUAACAGCUGACACAACACGGACACUUCCUCUUUAGCAUGACAUGAUGAACUUUUCUGUUUAAUUGUUUAUUGUUAUUUACUUUUUUGGGGUUGUUUUUUUUUGGGAGGCGUCUCACUGACCGUGAACAGUCUUCCGUUAAGAAAAGGACUUUUUCAGAUUCUCUGUAACACGACAAGCUCUGUUUUUCUUCCAGUUAACUUCAGAAGAUAAAAAUGGAGGCUCUUUAUUUAAGCCCCGGCAAAACCAUCACAGUUUGGCGUUAUUCGUUCGUUCUAGAGCAAUGAGCGGAUAAUAAGGACUGCUUAUUAAUAUCUGUGUAUUAUCUUAAUUUUUGUUUUGUUUUUUGAACUGCAUGCUGCUUUUGAUAUGAUUCUGUACUAUUUUAUUUCCCGAUUCUCUUCUAUUAAAGGUGGGUUGCAAGAUGUUUGAAAGCCAAUGUUGACAUAUAAAAUCACCAAAACAAACACCCCCCUACCCCAAAUGGGUGUCACCCCUGUUUUGAUAGCUCCGCCCCACACAUACAUACGUAACCCAGGAAACUACUAUGGCGGAACCUGCUGGGGCAGCUGGCCGAGGGGAUAUUUUUAUCAAUAAAUGAACUCAACGAGUAAUAUUAUGGUAAUACAAAUGUGUUUUUGUAGCACUGUGCGUUGUAUAGCUCCGUUUCACGUGGAAGACGUUCAGUUCUCUCCAGCGCUUUUUAUCCGCCAUGUCAAUGUUUCAAUCGCUUUUUAAUGUCAGACAUGCGCACUGAACACUCACUCCCCCGCAUAUUGACAAGACACGCCCCUUUCUGCUCAUUGGCUACACGUUUGUUUUGUUAGUCGGCCCGACUCAGUUUUCUGCAGCAUUUUUCAAACAUCGUGCACCGCACCUUUAAUGAUGUUUAAUGAUGUGACAAUUUUUUUUUUCUGUUCUGUGUCCAAAACUUCAUCGGCACUGAGUUUGUCCGAAUGUUUUAACGCUGUUACGAUGAAGCUGCUGUCUAUGCGGUUUGUUUUUUUGCACUGACUGUGCCUUUCGCUUCUUCACUGAAAUCUUCACUUCUAGUUUUUAGUCUGAGGGUUGCACAGAGAAAUUAUCUACAAAAAAAACUAAAAUACUACGUACAGACGAGGGUUUUAACUGAUCUCUUAAAAUUUCUGCCUCUCUUUAAGGAAUUGCAGCGAGUCACUGAUCUUAGAGACAGAGUUCAUCUGGGUAAUGAGUUAAAAGAAUGAAAAAGGAACUAACUAUGCAUGUACAAUAAGGUUAUAAACUAUGGGUUUAAACAGAGAGACUGUAGAAGGUGGAGCUUUUCUGGUUGUAAAUAAAAUAAACCGACUCUUCAGUUCCAUAGAAAACA